CACCGUACUACGUUGGGAAGUACGUCACAAACAAAAACAAGGACCACUAGCGAUUGUUAGCUCGUGCACUAGUUUACUUAUCUAAACAGUUGUUGCUCGUAGAAACCAUAAACCCACGUGCGCACGGAGCAACGCGUCAGGCCCGACGAUGGUUUACGUCACUCGUAGUUGCGUUCGAUUUGUUAACGGUUUGACGCCGUGUCCGUUAGUUAGCAUACAUAUGCUACCGUUAAGCUAAGGAGGAACGUUAGCUGGCUAGCUGACAUGAGUCAAAGUCAUGUCAGUAAAUAGCUCGUUGGGUAUCGUAAGUCCAACCUGUUAUUAUUGAACGAAUAUCUGUUUAUUGUCUGAAGUAUCCACAACAACAGGUGGACGUCUAGUUAAACACAGACUGCAUUGUGAUAAUGGUGUUCAACCUGUGGUAGCGUUUUCAAAAAUAAAAAAAUAAAACAAACAACGCUACAGCGGAGUCACACGGUAUUCCGUUGUGUAGCAGUUGUCAGACUCGGGACCCUGACGGUGUAUCAUGUCGGACCUAGACACCCUCAUUGUCACUUUCCAGACCCAGCUCUCAGACGUGAUGGAGACUGUGGUGAAGACAGCCAUGUAUGAGGUCACCCGGUUGGUGGAGGACGGCUUCUUGCAGGAGGUGAAGCGCAGGAACCAGGAGGUGGAGUCCCUGAGGAUUCAGCUGCAAUGGGCUGAGAGGAAGUUAAGUGACCAGGGGGGGAAAGAAGGAGGGAAGACCGGACAGUGUGUUGACUGUGCCAAGGAUGAUGUGGAACUGCCCGGUGACAUAGCUGAACAGCAGGAUGGCAUUUUGAGGGACUGUGGUGUGAAAAUAGAGGUUGACUCUGUGGAGAGAUGGACAAGAAGCAGACAGAAAGUACCAGAGGCAGCAGACAGUCCUACAGCCGCUCACAGCCCCGAAUCACAGGUAACAGAAGAAGAUGACGUGUUGCCAGUGGUGGAUGUAAAGGAAGAAGAAGUGAAUAAGCCGUCUUGUUCUUCUGUGCGUUUAGGAGUGUGGAGUGGUACCCUUGAUGCAGGACCUGAACCACACAGUGCUACUGAGAUGACUGACACACAACCGAAACAAACUCCAGAGAUGGGUGAGGAAUUAUUGAGGAACGUCAUUAAGCCAGACCCACAGAUCUCUCCUGCAUAUGUCUCUCCUGAAGAGCAGGAGGAAACGUGCACAGCCACAGAUCCAUUUUUAGAGGUGGAGAGUGGUUGGGCAGGCCUGGCUGUCACAACAGCUGGAUUGCUACCGAAUCACAGACAUGCAACGGAAAAGGACUGUGAUCCAGCCAAAACUAGAGGUUCUCUUCAGCAAUCAGAGCGCGAGCUGGUCAACUCUAUCACAGAGGAUGCCCCAGGUAGAGCUCAGAUUGCAUCCACCACGCCCCCCAUGGCAAGACUGCAAAACAGUGAUACGUUGGGUGUGACUAUCAAGCAGGAGGUCAUUGUAGACUCUGAUGUGUGUGUGGAAAGCGAGCAUAAGGAAAAGAAAAUGACAAAGUCCGGGAUGGAAUCUCUCUCGCGUUCAGUAAAACAGCACAGGUUGAGUUCAGGACCACUCAAGCACCUUUCCCAUAAAGCCACUCUUCAGGAGGUUAUGAAGCUGCAGUCCAAAGUGGGCACAGGUCUGAGAUUGCAAGCUGCUUUACAGCACCUCCACCGACCGAUGAAAAAGCCCCCCCAUGCACUCUCGAGCAGUGCCACUACAGCUCUGUCUGUCGCUCACUCUCAGGUUGUGAACCUAAACCCCCUCAACAGAAUUCCCUCCACAUCUAAAGCCGCUCCUCCUCCUCCUCCAGCGCCCUCAGUCCAGCGAGCUCACCUGGGCGACAAACAAGCCGCAGCACAUAACCGAACCGGUGCCCCGUGGGUCAGCAUCAAAACCCAACUUCAGUCUGCAAACUCCCAUCACAGCAACCCCUUACCCCAUCCAGACUCUCACCCUCACGCUGGCCCCAGGAACCUCCUGCGCUGUGGCCAAUGUGGGAAGUGCUUUCCCCACCCCAGCAACCUAAAGGCACACUUGCAGACUCACACAGGCGAGCGGCCGUUCUGCUGCUCCCUCUGCGGUCGUAGCUUCACCAAGCUGAGCAACCUCAAGGCCCACAGACGCGUCCACACGGGAGAGAGACCGUACUGCUGUUUGGCUUGUGGCAAACGCUUCACCCAGAAAUGCAACCUGAAACGCCACCAGAGGAUUCACCUGGAUGUAUAACGGUCAACAGCCAGUGAGAAAAAGUUUGGUGUGUGUUUAUUUCUUUUAGGUCAGGAUGCUACAGUGUUUCCUUUGCAAUGUGAAGCAGUUGCUGUGAUGCAUUGCAAAAAUGCUUCUUGUGUAUGAGUCUCUUCAAGUAGUUGUUAUUCUGUGCAUUCCAGAAAGGUUAAUCUAGUAACAUACAAAGGUGUUGUAGUGUUAUUGAAGGACAGAAAGCAGUGUGUUGUGAAAUCACGCACAGAGAAAGGUCCGUUUUCAAUUUUGAUCAAUAAAUAAUAAUUUAUUUUCUCAAUGCGCAAAUUCUUCUAUUAUAUUGAUUGCACCAUGUCUGUAAGCACAAAAGCACUUACUGUAUAUUUGACCAUGGAUCAGGGCGGUAUUUAUCAACCUGCUCAAAAGGAAAAUUUUGACUUGUGUGACAGAUAAAAGUAACUCACACAGUUAUUCACCAAAUUACUUACGGCUUUACUUUUAUUGAAUUUAAGAGAUCAGAGGAAGAGGUCUCUAAGUUGGUUAAGAGUAGACCUCAGAUGGCUGCAGUACAGGAACCAGUGAGCACACACCUGCUUAUGGUCAUGAUUUAUAAUGCACUAGUGAAGCAUUAUAAUUCAGAAUAGUGUAGUUUUAGCCUGUUGUUCACUUUUGAUUCAAACAUUUUCAAGGAAACCACUUUGUCUUUUUGGUUGUUGUUGUCUUGUUUUUUGUUUCCAUUUGCACCCAUUUCCUAAUAUUUAUCCCUAUUUAUGUAUUUAUGUAUUAUAAAUAUAUUAGAGUGUUGUUAAUAUGACAUGAUAAUUGCUGCUAUUUUUUUUAAGGAUUAAAAAAAUAAAAAAACAUUCAAAAAAAAA